UCUCUGGGAAAGCACAGUGUGAGGUAGUCAGCACUAAAUCAAGUUUUUGUCUAGCCAGUGCCCUUUUUCCUUGUUGUCUUUCAAAAUACUUCUUUUUCCUCUGCCCUUCAGGAGAUUAUAAAAUUCUGCAGUUCAGUCUCUGUGAGCUUUACUGAUUUAUCGUCCUACGUAAGUAAAAUAAGCAGUGAUUCUUGCAUUUCUAAAGAAAACCUCAAGGUCUGGACUACUGUGGAGGACAUUUUCACUGAGGCACGUACCUAACUUGAGAGAUGGGGAAUGAAUUCAAGAGAAUUAUUCUGCUGAAAGGAUUUCAGUACAUCAGUGAUUAUCAGUUUAGCGUGAUUAAGUGUUUACUGGCCAAGGAUUUAAGACUGACUAGUAAAAUGCAAGAUGAAUAUGACAGAGUUAAGAUUGCUAACUUGAUGGAAGCAAAGUUCCGUGGGCCUGCCUGUGUUGACAAAUUAAUAGAAUUGGUCAAAGAUAUAGAAGAAAUUAAAGACCUUGCUAAAACUCUUAAAAAUGAGAAGUUAAAAGUUAUUAGGAGAAGCAGAGCAAAAGAAGCAACUCCAGUGAAAAAAAGCAAGCUGAAUAAACCCAGUCCUGACCAAUCUACAUCCAGUCCUGACCAAUCUACAUCCACCACUAAUAAAGCUUUGGGACCUGAAUCAAUCAAGGAUACACCUGUGAAGGAAAAGAAAACCACAAAAACUAAUGAAUCUAAGAGGAUGAAUCUAAAGAAGGAGCAGAGUCAGCUUCCAGGAUUUUUAGUAACCAGCACACAGUCAACUGAGAGCCUUCCCCAGACUCCUCAAAUGCUUCCACCAAAGCCAUCCAGCAGUUCCUCAACCAAGAAAAAAAAUGACAUAGCCACCAAAAUUAAUGACUUAAAAAGGAAGACCGUAUCUCAGAAACAGAGUCAGCUUCCAGGAACUUCAGCAACCAGCACAUGCCCAACUGGGAGCAGCUGUCCAGUGAAAUCUAUACCUCCACCAACACCAUCCAGCAGUUUCUCAGUCAAGGAAGAAGAAAAUACAUAUUUUUGGAUUCAAAAAAUAGAAGACACAACCAAUAAAACACUUACAUCCAAGAAAAGGGAACUAUGCCUGGAACAGAGUCAGCUUCCACAAUGUGCAAACCCCAGCAUAAUCCCAAAUGAGGCCUGCCUUCAGACUCCUCAGAUGCUGCCACCAACCUCACCCAGCAGUUCCUCAACCAAGAAACCAAGAUUGAAGGCUGUACCUAAAGAAGCUUCCAGAGAGGAGGGCUUCCAGAGGGGGCCCAAAGAAGUGAUGGUGCUGAAAGCAACAGAACCAUUUACAUAUGAUGUCAGAGAAGGCGAGAGGAAGAUGUUUCAUGCCACAGUGGCUACUGAGAGCCAGUUCUUCCAAGUGAAGGUUUAUCAUGUUGACCUGAAGGAGAAGUUCAUCCCAAAGAAAAUCAUUGCCAUAUCAGAUUAUUUUGGCCGCAAUGGGUUCCUGGAGGUGUUCAAUGCCUCAUCUGUGUCUGAUGUUAACCCUGACCGAAAGAUGGAGAUCUCUAAACGCCUGAUUCAAAAGGCAAAUGCAACUCCUAAAAUCAGUCAUCUUUACUCGCAAGCUCUAGGAACAUUUGUGAAUGGGGUGUUUCUGGUGCAUAAGAAAUUGGUAUCUAAUGAAUGCAUAUAUUAUGAAAUACGAGAUGAUACAGGAGUGAUGGAAGUGCUGGUUUAUGGACAACGACUGACCAGAAUCAACUGUGAGACAGGCGAUAAACUUACACUCAUCUGCUUUGAAUUGGCAUUAAGUGGGGAUAAGAGGCAGCUGAGAUCCAUAAUUCACAGUUUCAUCAAGGUCACCAAGGCCAGGAAAAGCAAGGAACAACCAUUCAAUCCUGAAUCAUAUUUGGAAACCUGAUUAGAGCUGUUCUUCUAAAAACCUGGAUAUCAUUAAUAUUGAUGUUUAUGGAGCUAAGAUCUAAGUACAGAAAAAAAAGUAUAUAUGUAUACAUAUGGUUGAAAUACCACAAUAUAUAUAGUAGCCAUUAAUUCUUAGGAAUGGGGUGUUUUUCAUUUUUUUAAUACUUUUCUGUACCAUCUCAAUGCCUAAUUUUGCAUCUAUAACUUUUAUAAUUUGGAAAACAUAAUAAACAUGAUUUUUCCUAAAGA